GCCACUUCACUCCAGUGCAUGGACUCAGCUCCCGGACCAUGCUGUAGGGAUAAGUGUGUGGCCAGGGAGGGAAUCGCUUUGCACUCACUUUGGGAACCGUUACUUUAGCAGGGAUCAAACUUCUGGACAAAGCCUCAUUUCCCAUUUGCUGAAAAUGCCACGAUCCUUCUUGGUCAAGAAACACUUUAACUCCUCCAAAAAGCCAAAUUAUGGGGAGCUGGACAAUCAUACAGUGCUUAUAUCCCCUUUUCUGUAUGAAAGAUAUCCCGUAUCCAUCAUUCCUCAGCCAGACAUCCUCAGCACAGUUGCCUACAGCCCCAUCACAGUCUGGAAUGGCCUGCUGCCCUCCCCAUUGCCCCACGAUCUCUCGCCUCUCUCUGGAUACCCAUCAUCACUAGGACGUGUCAGUCCCCUUCCACAGUCCGACGCCUCAUCUAAAGACCACAGUGGCUCGGAAAGCCCGAUCAGUGAUGAAGAGGAGCGAAUUCCGACCAAGCUUUCUGACCCCCAUGCAAUCGAAGCCGAAAAGUUCCAGUGCAGCUUGUGCCGUAAAACCUAUUCGACUUUUUCUGGGCUGGCAAAACACAAACAGCUGCAGUGCGAUGUACAGUCUAGGAAAUCGUUCAGCUGCAAGUACUGUGAAAAGGAAUAUGUGAGCCUGGGAGCACUGAAAAUGCACAUCAGGACACACACCUUACCCUGUGUGUGCAAGAUCUGUGGAAAGGCUUUCUCCAGACCGUGGCUACUGCAAGGACACAUCAGGACUCACACAGGAGAAAAGCCCUUUUCAUGUCCACAUUGCAAUCGAGCAUUUGCAGAUAGAUCUAAUUUAAGAGCUCACCUGCAAACACAUUCUGAUGUGAAGAAAUAUCAAUGCAAGAACUGUUCCAAAACUUUCUCCAGAAUGUCCCUUCUUCACAAGCAUGAGGAAUCUGGCUGCUGUGUAGCACACUGAUGGUGUCUCUCCAGUCAAUGUAUGUUUACCGGGACUUAACAAGUUCAUUCAGGGUCCUUGUUCCAAGGCAGUCAAAGAAGAAUCAAAUGCAAUAUAUACCAAAAGCACCAAAUAAGACUUUAUGGAUGGGGUGUUUUCAGUAUGAAUUAAAACAUUUCAAGGUGGCAAGAUGGGGAAAUAAAAACAUACUCCCUUCAGCAAAGGUUUCCAAGAAGAGCACAUUAUUUCCUGAGCUAUUUUAGCCUUGAAGACAAUUCACAUAAAUCUCAGGUGCAACUUUGGACUGAAGAGACUCAAAAAGUAGAGCACGUGCCUUUUAAAAGAUGUGCCUUGCGACAUUCCUGGUGUAUGUUCUGUUCUAUAUAAUGUAUGGGAUAAGUGCAAAAAAUAAGGGUUUGAUAUUGAUAUUUCAUAAUAGAUGCGGAUUUUACAUGCACAGAGAAAAUGCAAUGCACAUUUUCAGCUUUCUCUGCUUAUUAAAACCCUCAAUGUGCCUUUUUUUAUAAUAAUUUUUGUAAUAUAUGUAAAUAUUUUGUAAAUGUCUAUAUUUUUAUAUGUCUGUUUGAAUGUUCAGAGUGAAUGACAAAAUUAAGAGUGUUAAAUUUGUGUUUUAUAAGUUUUUUUAAUAAAAAAACAUUUGGAUAAA